AGGUACAGGUGUGUAGGUAUGUAGUUAGGGGCCCUUCAGUAUGAUGAGAGAACAAGUUGAGUUGCCAUGACAACAACAUGAUAGAGAACAGUGAAUCUGAGGAAUCAGGGAGUGAGAACGAGUUGAAUGAUCAGGAGAAGAUCAAACUAGAUCCUGUUAAAGCUGAGAAUCUUAAGAAUGGUUUCACUUUCGGGACAACGCUGAAGAAGGACCCAGUACAGGAAGCCUACAAGAAGACUCAGAAGCAGAUUUACAUACUCUUAUCUCGCUGUAUUGCUUAUCCCUUUACUACUAAACAGGCCUCUGAUCGUGGAUACAGGUACAUGAAUAUCAACGAGAUUGUGUUAACGAAGAUGAAGGAUAAGUUUAAAGACUAUCUGGACUCUCCUGACAACAUCAGCUCCAAAGACGCUGUGUUUAUAGAAGCGGUCAACUGGUUCUUCAGCGUGUUUCUCAUGAGUAAGCGUGCUAUAGAGAUGACUAAAAGUGGAGGGUACACAACAAAAGAUUUCCAGCAUGUCUUCAAGAAGAAGAUCUAUCAGCUGGUAUGUCAGCUCCCUGAUGAUCAGGAAUACAGUAGAAUGGAGCUUCUCAGCGAGUGGAUAACGGAGUAUGACGAGAUAGUAUCCCAGAGCUCAGAGGAACAUGAUAGAAGGGUAACCAACACUGAGGGUCAACUCAACAAGAACCAGCUCUACACCCUGUUCCAGAAGAUUCUAGAGGUAACAUCGUACGAACACAAACUACUGUUUAAUGCAAUGCAGCUGAACAAUAAUGACGAGCAAACUGCAGCUGUGAGGAGGGAACUUGAGAACAGAUCUGCUAGGGUUAACAGCGGGGAACGUCCUCCUUACUUGUUUAUACACCAUGACAUGGCAGCCCAGUACCGGGAAGAAGAGAGGAAGAAUGUACGGGGACUUCAAGACAAACAUACCAACCCCAUGAAAGAUAUGAACCAGAUGCAGUUUGAUGGUAGUGAUAAAGUUGGUAAAAGUCUGCCUUGCAAACAUGACUUCGUCCUUAACUUUAACGUCGAGGUAGAGGUUAUGGAAGUUAAGGGUCUCCCGGGAAUAAAAGGGGUUCAGCCUGAACGUAAAGCAUUCUGUGCCAUGGAUAUAGAGGGACAGACAAACAAAGUGCUGUGUACUCACCUUGUCAGUCAAAAAAACCCGGUGUGGACUAACAAGGCAGAGUUCCAGACUAAACAACCUCUACCCAGUGUUAGAGUCUGUCUCAGGAUUGAGAGUAAUAACCCUCUUUAUAUGGAGGGACGUCCUAUUGGAGAGAUCCUGUUCAAGAUGAAGCCAGAAACCCUGUCAGACAAGCCAAAGUGGGACGACCUAGAAGCCAAGGUGGAGGUAGGACAAGGUGGUGUGGCACUCCCCAAUCAAGCCUUUGGUUUACAGAUCAAGACUUGUGUCAAGAUGGAUAAACCUGAGAACAUGAAACUUGGAGGGUUACUCUACAUUAGAGGAACAUCGCACUGGCAGAAGUGGAAGCAGCGGUACAUUGUGCUGGUCAAAGUGGGUCAGAUCGUGUUCUGUCUGUGUAGCUACAAGGAGAAACAAGCCACCCCCAAUGAGAUGUUAACUCUGGAGGGAUACACUGUGAACUACUACUCGCCCGAUCACCAGGACUGCGAGGAGGACGCCAAGUUCCAGUUCCGACUACUGAAGGAAGGAGAAGAGGUGACGUGUGGAGCUAAAGACUCCCACACCCAGCAACUGUGGGUGAACGCUCUUUACAGGGCAACUGGGCAAACAACCCGCCCAGAGAAGUCUGAUAAUAUCCGAGGAAACGAUGUUAAUGAUAUCAGGAAGGCUGGUCUGGAUAUGCUGAUAUCUAAGGAGCCCUGUAAACUUGAUCAGGACUUCCUAUUCCGGACGCUGCAGCAUCUGACACUAGAAUACCGUAUCAAGAAGGAGUCUACAGCGUGCAGGGGCUGGCUGUCUACCGGCCAGGAGUUUGCUCUGAUGGAGUAUGCUGAGAGAUAUGGUAUCAGAUAUCUGACUGUUCAUCUUAGUUAUCUGAAGGAGCUUGUCAACUACGCAGAGAAAGGUUUCGUGAUAGACCCGAAUAAGUUCCGGGAUCUCUUCAAGAACUGCUGCAAUUAUAUACAGGGGAAAACCAGUGACGACGGAGUCUGGACCGUUACUAAAGAGGAGUUCCUGGAGUUUCAUCAGGUUCGAGCCCAACUGAAGACGCUCCUCAUGCAACAGAUCACUCACUUUAGAAACAGUUUCCCGUUUGGGAGACCGGACAACGCUUUGAAAACCACGAUAAAGUUACUGGAACAAGUAUUAACUCACAAAAUUGAGUUGAAAGUAGAUCUGCCGGAUCUUCUAGCAUACGAAGAAGAGGAGAUGACAUCACUGGAAUGCCGGAAACAGACCAUGAAGUGUUUGGAACAGGGAGCCUAUAUAAACUACCUUCAGAUCAGCCAACAGACUCUUAGACAGCUCAACAUGGAACAGAUGGAGGCCCCUGGUUUGGAUGACAUGAUCCAGCUAGCUGAUGCCUGCAUUGAGUUCCUCCAAGAAACUCUAGAACACUACGGAGAAGCCCUUAACGUGUAUGACAGGAUGAUGUACGAGAUGAAUGAAACAUUCUGGCGACUGUACGGAGUGGACAUGGAGUCAGUACUGGUCACACAUGAGUCUGGGUCACGGGAUAUCUUGCCAUUGUUUCACAAGCUCAACGCUUACUUCUACGAGGAACAGGAACUCAGAUACGGAAAGUUCCACAUGCAUCUUCACCAGGUGUUUGCUCCUCACAUAGUAAGUUACCUGGAGAAAGAGGAGUCCACACUGAGGGAAGAGUUAGAGGAUGCGUUAGAAAGAGAAACGUGGCUCAACGAAAACUGUACUGAGGAUUUCUCGUGCUGCGCUGUACUGGAUAUCGUUGCUCAAGUAAAGAAUACCCAGAAACUGGUCGCGGAGCUGAGGUGGCCUGACAAAACAUUCUCCGAACACCUCCAGAGCAGGACCCAAAAAACAACUGCUGAGAUAUUUGACUGUUUUGUCAGUAAAGUGUACGGAGUUCUUCAGACUUACCCUCGUUUACAGGUUUUUUCCUGGCGACAAUUUGACCUGCAGAGGAACGUGAUAACCUACAACUCUGUCCUACCAGACGAAGUUUGUGUGAUGAUGAAUUCCUGUAUAACUGUUCGUAUCCACGCAAACGAACUCUGUGGAAACGCCACUAACUCUAACAGCAGUGAGUAUAGCUACAGAACUGAGAUAAACGACCUGCUGACGCAGAGGAUUAACGUAAUGUUUGAGUUUGUCUGCACUCAACUCAGCCAAUGUUUGGAUAUCCUUCUCGAUAAGCUCAGCCGAUAUGACAAGGACUCUAUCUUCUCUCAUUUAUAUACGAUAAUGGGUCCCAAGCUUGCGAUAGUUGAACCCUUGUUUUCGUACGUUCGACAGAACAAUGUUCAGAUGAAACAAGAAAUUCACCCAAGCUCGACAAGCUGUCUUCUACUUUGCUGGUAUAACUCCUUACUGACGACAAUAGCAGACUGGCUGACCGAAAGGGAGAAUAUCGACAUGCAUCACUUCCAAUUAUGUGCCAUUUCGACCAUCUUCAAAACUCUCUUCUCCGAAUUCUCUUCACAGGGUCUGACAGAAGAGCAGCUCAGAAACGCCACCUACCGGAUGAUACACAACAGGAUAGAGUACGAGGAAACAAUGAACACCCUCAAUAUAGAUACUACCCGGAACUAUGCGUACGGCUAUUCCGACUCCUCGGAGUCAGAGUCUGCAGACUGAUGCAGCCUGAUUCAGACUGUUGCAUACUGUUGCAGACUGAUGCAGACUGAUGCAGACUGUUGCAGACUGAUGCAUACUGAUGCAGACUGAUGCAGACUGAUGCAGACUGAUGCAUACUGAUGCAUACUGAUGCAUACUGAUGCAGACUGUUGCAGACUGAUGCAUACUGAUGCAGACUGAUGCAUACUGAUGCAGACUGUUGCAGACUGAUGCAGACUGUUGCAGACUGAUACAGACUGAGGCAGACUGAUGCAUACUGAUGCAGACUGAUACAUGCUGAUGCAGACUGUUGCAGAGUGAUGCAGACUAAUGCAGCCUGAUUCAGACUGAUUCAGACUGAUGCAUACUGAUGCAUACUGAUGCAUACUGAUGCAGACUGAUGCAUACUGAUGCAGACUGAUGCAGACUGAUGCAGACUUAUGCAGACUGGUGCAGCCUGAUGCAGACUGAUGCAGACUGACGCAUACUGAUGCAUACUGAUGCAUACUGAUGCAUACUGAUGCAUACUGAUGCAUACUGAUGCAGACUGAUGCAGACUGAAUAUCAGAAGCAUGAAAUUGAUAUGAUAUUCUUCACAAGGGAUUAAAGUUUUAUCAUCCGACCAAUUUUAUGGGAACAUUGCAAAAUUCAAGAUUAUUGCUACGUAAAAAAGGGUCAUUAACAGAGAUCCCUGAAAGGGUUUAAACUUCGACUAAGAAUGGUUUAAAUGUUAAUUUGUUAUUUAUUGUUGUAGAAUAAUUUCUGUAUUUGUAAAAUGUAUUGCUUAAUGUUUCCAAUUAUAGAA